AAUCAUUCACAUCACAACCCGGGGGGAGGGGAAGCAAGAUAUCCGCCGUGAUUGUGUUGCAAGGUCGUGAGGCCCAUCCUUGGUCAGCACCAGCAGGGAUACGCCUAACUGCCUUCUGGAAUCGCACUUUUCAAUCCCGUGACGAUGUCGUCUCCCCGUCGCUUUUGGGUGGUGGUCUGUGCGGAGGGAGAGGGUUACUGCGAUGAGGAUGCGAUGAUGGGGUUGGGUUAAUUGAAUCAAUCCUCGGCUGCCCUCGGUUUGGAGACGCAGAUUGGCGCAGUAGGCCACCACACGGCGAAGUGUAAAACAAUGCGCCCCGUUGUGCUGCUGAUGCGGUGUCUGAUGGUUUUGCUGCGAUAACGCGCUCGCUCCCGUCAUCGGGUUAUUUGCUCUGAUUUCCCCAAACAUCAUUAAGAAGGGAUCCGGAUGUGGUAGCAGCGGGCAGAUAGAUAGUGAGACAAAGCCAAGCCAGUCCAGAUACAGUGCCGAGUACUUGUGAGUGAGAAUCUGCGUCGCCCACGGUUUUCGCUUUCAUUCCGGACUCUGAAGCAGGAUGACGCGCGUGAAGGUACUGUACGACUUUCACGGUGAGCCGAACUCGUCGGAGAUAUCGAUUGCCGUGGAUGAGAUACUGACUGUGACCAACACGGAUGUCGGCGAAGGAUGGUGGGAGGGUAUGAACUCACGCGGCCAGCGUGGUCUAUUCCCGGCAGCCUACGUAGAAACGAUAGCGGACACAGCACCGACACCAUCGGCGCCAAUCAUUCCAGCAGCAGUCCCCACAACCGCCGUUACUCGCUCCACAUCACAGCAGGCCGUCGGUGGCAACCGGUACGAUCAAGCGGCCGACGGUUGGGGUGAUUAUCAGGACGAUUGGUCGGAGGAUGAUGAUGAAAAUGAAACGUACUCGGAAAUUGGACCCGGUUCGGCCGGAGCCGCUGGUGCCGCUAACGCCACACGAGGCACAAAUGGUUCUGGAGGUGCGGCCGGUGGCUAUCAACAGCAGCAGCAGCAGCAGUAUCCCCACAGUUACUAUGCCGGUAGCAGCAACCUACCAGCACCACCGAUGGGCGAUGGUGACAAUAUGUCGCUUGCUUCGACCGCCACAACCGUAGCAGGUGGUGGCCGAAGAGCAGGCGGUGCAAAAAUAUUCAGCAAAUCCGGUGACACGUAUCUGCUCGGCCUACCCGUACCGGACGUGUCCGAGUCGGAUCGGGUGCACGUGCUGGCGAUGGAGCACGGUAUCGUGUGGAAACCGAUGCGCGAUCCGUACACCGUGACGGUCGAUUCACCGAAGAAGGAAAAGAAAUUUAAUGGCCUCAAAAGCUUCAUCGCCUACCAGCUGACACCGUCGUUCACCAACAUUCCGGUCGCCCGUCGCUACAAGCACUUCGAUUGGCUGCACGAACGGUUGGUGUCCAAGUUUUGUCUCAUUCCCAUACCGCCCCUGCCGGACAAACAGAUUUCGGGCCGGUACGAUGAGGAGUUUGUGGAGCAUCGACGCGUACAGCUGCAGGAAUUCGUCGACUGGGUGUGCCGCCAUCCGGUACUGUCGGUGUGCGGUGUGUGGAUGCACUUCCUCACCUGCACCGAUGAUAAGAAAUGGAAAACGGGCAAGAGGACGGCCGAAAAGGAUCCACUCGUCGGUACGAUGUUCUGUGCCGCGAUUUUCCCACCCGAGAAGACGCUUCUACCGUCCCAGGUCGAUCCGCAGGUGGAAGCCGCCAGCUCGUUUGUGCCACAGAUGGACGCGGCCGUGAGGACACUGUUUGCGAUCUGCGGCGAUCAGUCGAAAAAGUUCCAGGUGCAGUGGAAGAAGGAGUACCAGCGUAUCGGGGAAGGCUUUUCCGAGCUGGCCCGUGCGCUCGGUGUCGAUGAGCGCCGGGCGGUGACGCAGAUCAGUCUGGCGAACUCGGUCGGCCAGGCGGCCGGUGUGUUCAUCUGCAUCGGCCAACUGUUCGGUGAGCAGCCGAAGCACGAUUUUAUUCCAUUCUCCGAUCGGUUACACAUCUACCGGGGGCUGCUGGGCGAGUGGCCCGACACGCUCAGCGAGUACCGGAAUGCGGUCCAGAAGCGCAAGGACUGCGAGCGGUUGACGGCGGAGCAGAAGAUGGAGAAUGGGCAGCUGCAGGAGGUGAACCGACGGGUUGACGUCAUGUCGUAUGGGCUGCUGGCCGAGAUGUCUCACUUCCGCGAGGAGCGCGAUACACACCUAAAGGACACGAUAAGACAAUUCAUCGGCGCACAGAUCGAAUUCUACAAGUCUAUUGUACAGAAGCUGGAACAAGCUCAGGGUUUUUUCUAGGCGAGCGGUGAAUGAUGAUGGUGAUGAUGAUGAUGAUAUGAUGAUGUUGCGCGAACGAACGAAUGGAAAGCAGAAUGUGCCUUUAGAGAGUAGAGCACCAGACCAAAACCAAGUCGACGAACAACGGAUUGGGCGGAUGAUAGGGAACCGAACUGCCUAAGGACGAGUGAAAGAGUGUGCAAGAGAGAGAGAGCAAGGGAGUGAGAGAGAGGAUACAUAAUUCCAAGAGCGCAGGGCUAGUGAUUACGUUCCUUGCCAAAACUGGUUUACUGUGUCACUAUUGCUUGAUUCUGUACGUACUAUUACCUUUUUCUAAUAUUGUAUAAAACAUGUUGGUGCACUUUAUGAAGCCACCGUUAGCCACCGGAACCACGUGCGGUUUUUUUAUAAACAUUUUUCACUCUCCUCCUAAAUAAUCUAAUUAGAGCGAAACGGUACAUAAUAUUAUAAUGAAUACCGUAAUAUAGUCUGUUCAGGUAUUCAAACUUA